UCUGUUGGAAGUUUACUCAGAACACUUUUGAAUCAAACGAAUUCUUCGAGUUAAUUAAAAAGUUUAAGAAUAAAAAAAUUAAUUUUUUCGAUAUUUUGAGAUCUUGUGCAAACUUCCAGCCAUUAUUUUAUCCCAGACAUUGAUAAUCAUGAUCCGGGGAUUCAUUGUCUCGUGUAUUGUACUGUUUUGUGCAAUUGUGAUAGCAUGGCUAUCUCAUUCGAUCGACGUGUGGGAAAACGUCAUUAAAUUCAUCCAAAAUUGCGACCUUGAAUCGUUGCCCGUUGUUCAACUACUACCGGAAUAUGAUUUUAUUGUGAUCGGUGCCGGUACGGCCGGAUGUGCACUAGCCAAUCGAUUAUCCGAGAAUCCGAAAUGGAACGUGUUGUUGAUUGAAGCUGGUAAGAGUGAAAAUCGGUUGAUGGACGUUCCAAUAUUCGAUGUGUUGAUGCAGGGAUCAGAUAAAUUCGAUUGGAAAUAUAAAACCGAGACAAGUAAAAGCUAUUGUUUGGCCAUGGAGAACAACCAAUGCAAAUUUCCCAGAGGCAAAGUGAUGGGUGGGAGCUCGGUUAUGAAUUUUAUGAUGUACACUAGAGGCAAUAAAAAGGAUUUCGAUGAUUGGGAAAAAAUGGGCAGUACUGGGUGGAGUUUCGAUGACGUUCUGCCGUAUUUCAAAAAACUCGAAAAUUAUCAAGUUCCGAAUUCCGAUCCCAGUUUUUAUGGAUCGGCGGGACCAGUAACUGUGCAAUAUAUCAAUUACAAAUCGAUCUUAUCUACGGCUUUCAUUAAUGGUAUGAAAGAGUUGGGCCUUUCAGAAAUCAAUUACAACGGCAAGGAACAAGUUGGUGUCUCGCAUAUUCAGUCUACAACUAAGGAUGGUAUGCGUGUCAGUUCGAAUCGGGCAUACAUCGAUCCGAUAAUAUCCCGCCCGAAUCUCCACGUCCAGUCAUCAACGCUCGUCACGAAAAUUUUGAUCGACGAGGUGAAAAAACUGGCGAACGGCGUUGAAUUCUACCACGAUAAAAGAUUGCAUAUUGUCAAAGCGACAAAAGAAGUGAUUCUAACGGCCGGUGCAAUAAACUCACCACAACUGUUGAUGCUUUCCGGUAUCGGACCUUCAGAGCACUUAACUGAAAUGGAAAUCAAGCCAAUCGUUGAUCUUCCAGUGGGUCAACAUUUCAUGGAUCACGUAGCACCUGGAUUUGUGUAUACAGUGCAAGGCAUUAAGAUGCCUAAGGCGGAAUUGGAAGAGAUUACAAGUACUUUAAGAUACAUAUUUUACAGAACCGGCCCACUUACAAUGGUUGGCUGUGAAUCUCUGGCAUUUUUCGAUUCGAAUGAUUUUGCCAAUCCGAAUGCUUAUCCGGAUGUUGAAUUAUUCCAAUUUUCUGGUUCAUUGGGCGACACUAAGCAAUUGAAAGAAAACUUCAACAUUGAUAAUGAAUUGUACAAAAAAUUGUUCCAAGCGAUGAGAGAUGAAAAAAUGAAAGCCUUCACAGUAGGAGGGUUCGUUCUACGACCGAAAAGCAGAGGUGUAAUUAAACUGAAAAAUAAAAAUCCAUUCGAUCAUCCACUGAUCUAUCCGAAUUACUAUUCCCAUCCCGACGAUGUUCAUGUGUCGAUAAAAAUAUUGGAAAAGAUUAUUGAGUUGGAAAAGACCGAAGCGUUCAAGCGACUGAAUGCUAAACAAUACGCUAUGACACCACCCGAUUGCUUGAACUUUGAGUACGGCAGUACAAUGUAUUGGGAGUGUUAUAUGCGCCACUAUUCUUUAACCAUUUACCAUUAUUCGGGUACAUGUAAAAUGGGACAGCCUAGUGACAACAGUACAGUUGUUGAUCCCAGAUUGCGUGUGCUAGGAAUAAAAAAUUUACGUGUUGCUGAUGCCAGUAUAAUGCCUGAAAUUGUAUCUGGUCAUCCUAAUGCAGCAGUGUUUAUGAUUGCAGAGAAAGCAUCUGAUAUGAUCAAACAAGAUUGGGAUUUUUCGUAAGGAAAAUAUUUGUCGCUUCAGUCAAUAACUUUUAACUAAAGGAUUUUGUUCUUGUUCAAACGGUUGUAAAAUGUGGAUAGAGUUAAGUCAUCAUUUGAAUUGUCUAAGAUUUGGACAUAUAU